UCGUGAAGGCCUGGGUCUGUUUUUCGUUCUGAGGCAUAUAAAAGGUGUCACCGCUUUCACACACACUCGCUGACAGCUUUGCAAAGUGUUACGCUCUCUUUACCAGAGAAAAACCUGCAAACCCUGAGUUCUUUUGCUAAGAUGCCGCUUCCGCCUGUUGCCUAUGGAAAUUGGGAUGCUCUGCCCAAGAAGGUUCAAGAAUUUGUGGAGGAGAAUGCAAAGUUGAUGACACCCGCUCAGAUUCACAUCUGCGAUGGAUCAGACGCAGAGAAUAAAGCCAAUAUUGAAGUUUUAUUGAAUAAGGGGGCCGCUGUGCCCUUAGAAAAGCAUGAAAAUUGCUAUGCCGUGUUCACUGAUCCACAAGAUGUGGCAAGAGUAGAAUCAAGGACCUUUAUCUGCACCAAGUGCAAGGAUGAUGCUGUACCCCACUUCAAGGGAAAGGUGGGCAAGCUGGCACGUUGGAUGUCACUAGAAGAAGCACACAAGAAGCUUUACGAAGAGCGUUACCCAGGCUGCAUGACAGGUCGCACCAUGUAUGUCCUACCAUUCAGCAUGGGCCCUGUAGGAUCUCCCAUCUCCAAGAUUGGCAUCCAGCUGACAGACUCUGAGUACGUGGUGUGCUGCAUGCGGAUCAUGACCCGCAUGGGAAGCCAUGUCCUAAAAGCUCUGGGGGAUGGGGACUUCGUGCGCGGUGUUCAUUCUGUUGGAUUCCCUCUGAAAGAAGGAGUUAAAGAAGUACCGUGGCCAUGUGACCCAGAGAGGACCCUGAUUACGCAUUUCCCUGCUACCCGCGAGAUCAAGUCCUAUGGCAGUGGAUAUGGAGGGAACUCUCUGCUUGGCAAGAAGUGCUUUGCUCUCAGGAUUGCAAGCAACAUUGCCCAUGACGAAGGCUGGCUGGCAGAGCACAUGAUGAUCAUGGGUCUGACAAACCCCGAAGGGAAGAAGAUCUACAUUGCAGCAGCAUUCCCAAGUGCCUGCGGAAAGACCAACCUGGCCAUGUUGACCCCUACCAUCCCUGGCUGGAAAUGCGAGUGCGUAGGAGAUGACAUCAACUGGAUGUGGUUUGACAAAGACGGCACCUUGCGCGCCAUCAAUCCAGAGAGUGGAUUCUUUGGAGUGUGUCCCGGUACUACCUUUACAUCCAACCCAAUUGCUAUGAAAACAUUCCAGAAAGACACCAUCUUCACAAAUGUGGCAGUGACUAGUGACGGAGACUUCUGGUGGGAGGGACUUGCUCCACCUGCAGAAGGUAUCAAAAUCAGAUCAUGGAAGGGAGAUCCUGACUGGAAGCCAACAGAGAAUGGACCGACAGCAGCUCACCCCAACUCCCGAUUCUGCGCACCUAGUGACCACUGCCCCAUCAUGGACAAGGAUUGGGAAAACCCCGCUGGCGUGCCCAUCAGCGCCAUCCUGUUUGGCGGGCGUCGCCCAUAUGGCGUUCCCUUGGUGAUGCAGAGCUUCAACUGGCAGCACGGAGUGUUUCUGGCCACUUCGUUGUCAUCGGAAACAACAGCUGCUGCCGAAUUUAAGGGGAAGGCUGUGAUGAGGGAUCCAUUUGCCAUGAGGCCGUUCUUCGGGUACAAUUUUGGCAAGUAUCUGGAACACUGGCUCAACCUGUCAAAAGAUCCCAAGAAAAAGCUUCCGCUCAUCUUCCAUGUCAACUGGUUCAGGCUUGAUAAGAAUGAACACUUCCUUUGGCCAGGGUUUGGGGAGAACUCGCGCGUGCUUGAGUGGGUGUUCCGGCGUGUGCACGGAGAAGAAAUUGCUGAUCCGUCCCCGGUCGGACUCCUUCCCAAGUAUGGCUCUCUUAACCUCGACGGACUCAAAGACCCGGUGACUCCUGAGGCAUGGAACGAGAUGUUCUCCAUCCCAAAAGAUUACUGGCUGGAGGAAUUAACUGAACUGCGCAAGUACUUCACGGAUGAGGUUGGAAUAGAUCUUCCUAAAGCCAUUGAAGAUGAGCUCAAUGCCCUUGAGAAUCGUCUGAAAAAAAUGGAGUAGCCAGCUUAGUAGUGUAACUAUGCUCUGCUUUGUGGCAGCACGGAGAAACUCUACUUGAACGCACAGGAUAAGAAGACAUUCGUUAAUGCAAGAAGUUAACUCCCUGGUUAAUGUUUGUGUUUGAAAAUUGAUCCUUUUUUUUAGGAGCUCCUGUUCUUAGGAACCUGUAAAACUUUGUUCACUUAAAAUAAAUAAAAAAAAGGUUAAUCAA